AAACAAACAACGACAAAGUAAAGUUAUAGGCUCAUAUACCCACCCUCUUUCACGUGGCUUACCACGUUCCUUCCACUAUCGUUUACUACCAAUUUUAUUAAUACCUUUGAAAAACCAACCGCUCGAGCUAUGAUUAAUGGUCAGAUCAGACGCCCACAUUCACAUUCAGCGGCACUCAUGGGUUCCAACACCAAACUCAUUCUAGCGCUGCUAGGCCUCCUCAUCACCACCGCUACCGUCGCAACCGGUUACACCAACCACACCGUUGGCGGUGAUGCUGGCUGGUUCUUUCAUUCUAAAACUAACACAUCCGCCACCAAUUACACGUCCUGGGCUGCUAAUCAGACUUUCAGUCUCGGCGACUAUCUCAUAUUUAGGACCACCACAAAUCAGACGGUGAUCCAGACGUACAAUGAAACGACUUAUCGUAAUUGUACUACGGACGAUGCUUCAGACACCGAUACCUUCCAAUACAACGGCGGGAACACAGACUUUGAUCAAUCCUUGACCAUUGAAGUGCCGUUGACUAUUGAGGGCGCAAACUACUACUUCUCCGACGCUGGCGAUGGUGUCCAAUGUCAGCGUGGCAUGGCAUUCAAGAUCCUCGUUCGGCACGGCAGUGGGUUGCCUCCCAGCCUCAACCAGCCUCCGCCUCCUCCCUACGUCGAGGCUCCGAGUGACCCAGCUCAGUCUCCGCCGGUCACGAUUAACGGCGAGUCACCGUCGUUGAAUAACAAAGCCGCGGUCGGCGGUGCGAACACAGGAGUGAUGCUAUGUUUACUUCUCUUUGGUGUUACAAGUUCGUUGAUGACUAUGAUGUGGUAGAGUGAAGGGUAGGGUAGGGAGAAGAGUGGCAUUUUAGAAUCUUCAAGGUGUUUUAGUCUGGUUAUCCAACGGAAGGCAUCAAUUCUAUUACGUUUUAGUACUUUUUUUAUUGAUACAGUUCAAACAGCAAUGAAUCAUAUCAUAUACCGUUGAUUAAA